UACAGUAAUUAUAAAAUGGUGCAAUAAGUGAAGAAAGCAAAGGUCUUCCCAUGGGACCCACCUGAAAAUCUGUACCAGACUCUGCAGUUUUAUUACCCUUUUCCUUAAACAGCUUCAAAGCUUAUUUAAAACACAUCCUCUUCUUCCUUUUUCUCAUUUCUCUUUCCUUUUUUGUGGAGUUUUCUUUGCAUAUUACCUCAUGAUUUUUGCUACCCUUUUAACUUCUUCAUUAUUUUUUCUUGUUAGGGUCAAAUUAGCUCAAAUAAGUGACUGUUAGAAAUGGGAAAUCUGUGUUUUUUCUUCAGUGUGAACUGUUGAGAAAGUUUAAGUCUUUACAUUCACACCAUCAACACAUAUUGAAGAAAAAAAAAAUACCAUUAAUGGAGAUUCUAGGGUUUGAAUUGUCCAAAGGUCUGUUCUUUAUAUAACUUGACUUUCACUUCAAAAACUAAAAUUUCCUUGUAAUUUCCUUGAUCUUUAUCUGGGUCUUUUUCAUACUUGAGUUUUUAGCUUUCCCAUUUUAGUUAAAUCUUUUGGGUCUUAUGUUUAGGAAGAAUUAGUCUUUUUGAAGUUUUUGGGUUGAGUAUAAAUAGAAUUUUGAUCUCUUACCCUUAAUUCUUAAGCUUAAUGGGUACUUGAAAUUGUGAUUAGAAUUGUGAUUUAAGACUAUUUUGUGUUGAUAAUGGUUGAAAUUUUUCUGGGUUUUUGGGGGUGGGAAUUUAGGGUUUAGAAUUUUAGUUUUGUUGCAUGAUUUAUAUCCUUAAAAUGGAAGGGGUUGAAGAGGCAAAUAAAUUGGCUGUUGAGAGUUGUCAUAGAGUACUAAGUAUUAUAUCUCAACCUCAUCAAGAUCAAACCCAUUUAAGGAAUUUAGAUGCUGAAACACAACAAGCUGUGAGUAAGUUUAAAAGGGUUGUAUCUCUUCUUAGCAAUAGUUUAGGUCAUGGAAGAGCUAGAAUAGCAAAGAAAAAUAGGACUAAUUCUAUUCCUCAAAGCAUUUUAUUAGAUAGUUCUAAUGGCCCUAAGAUUGAAUCAAGUAAUCAACCUAUUAAGGCGCUUCAAAUUCUUAAAACCAAUUUGAAUGAGGGUUUAAUCCAAGAAAAUGGAUCCACAACUGGGAAAAGUUGUUUGUCUUUAGGAGGAAAUCUUUCAUUGGAAAUGAGCUCAAGUGGGAAAACCCCAUUUCAGCUUGCUAACCCAAAUUCGAGUGCAAAUUAUCAGUUGUUUCAGCAACAAAAGCUUCAUCUUCAACAGGUUCAACAUCAACAACGAAUGAAACAACACGCGGAGAUGUUGUUUCGAAGGAGUAAUAGUGGGAUCAAUCUGAAUUUCGAUAAUUCGAGUUGCACUCAAACAAUGUCAUCGUCUAGAACAUUAUUCUCUUCGUUGAGUGUCGAUGGAAGUGUGGCUAGUUUGGAUGGAAGUGGGUUUAAUCAAUUAUUGAGUCAACACAGGAAGAAGUGUUCUGGUAGAGGUGAAGAUGGGAGCUUGAAAUGUGGGACCAGUGGAAAGUGUCAUUGUUCUAAAAAGAGGAAGCAUAGGGUGAAGAGAUCAAUCAAGGUUCCUGCUAUUAGUAACAAGCUGGCUGAUAUCCCUCCGGACGAAUACUCGUGGAGAAAGUAUGGGCAAAAACCGAUCAAGGGUUCGCCUCAUCCUAGGGGUUAUUACAAGUGUAGCAGCAUGAGAGGCUGCCCUGCAAGAAAACAUGUCGAGAGGUGCUUGGAAGAUCCGUCGAUGCUUAUUGUUACAUACGAAGGUGAGCACAAUCACCCCCGCCUUCCGUCCCAAUCGGCAAAUGCAUGAUUCAAUGAGGCGGGUUGCAAUGAAGAAAUGUCGACUUUUAUGAAACGUGGUGAUAGAAUGAUGUGAUUCGCUCCUGUACACAGUACAUAGUUCUGUUGACCCAGGCAAGUGCAGAUUUAGGAAUAGUCUUUCUGUAAUUUCGGAGCGUUUUUAUAUUUAGGGGAAGGGUUUCGGAGAAAACAUAUUGGCAUUAUAGUAUGAGGACGUUUCAUGGAUCAAUGGUUUAAAGUGUAAAAUAUGUUCCAUCUUCUUUGACAUGUUGUGUCUGUCAUAGUUGGGGAGGUGUUUAUAUGGUUCAGAACUCGAGUCGAUAUCAGUUCUUUUAGUCUUAUUGCAUUCUACUCAUCUUUGUGACGUCAUUUUAUUGUUUCUAAAAGUGUCCGAGUAGCGAUUUUUAGUCA